UUUACAUUUUCACCCACCUUUGACAGCUGUCAAAGACUCAUUUUUUUCGCUCGAGGUCUUGCAAAUGGCCGCCAACGAUUAGCCAAGCUUCGACUCAAAUGUCAAAAAAUGUUGUAAACAAAACCGAUUGCUCGAAGCUUUGUAUAAUCUGCUCUCAGUAAAAACUCGCUAAUUGCACAUCGAUAAGUGUAGACUUAAUUUGAGAAGCGAAAAAAUGAGUGACGACGAGGACACAGCAAUAUUGCUGAAUGGUGGGAACCAAGCGGCCGAUGUACCAGAAAAUAAGCCAGUGGUUGACGAUUAUCAGUGUAUUCCAGUGAAAAAUCUAAGAAAACCAAUUCCAAAACAAAAGGACAAUCUAACACCUUUGACGUCAAGGAAUCAAGACCUUCUUGUAUCAAUCGUUGCCUUUUGGGCCGGUACAUCCUUUGGCUAUGACAUGGGUAUAGCCAAGCCCACAGCAUCUGCGAUCAAAGAUGAAUUCAACUUAAGUUGUUUUGAGCAGGAGACUGUAGUUAACGUCUGGUUCGUUGGGGCACUUCUUGGUGCUCUGUCCGGGGGUAUCUUGAUAGACAGUUUUGGCCGGCGUUGGACAAUGAUUCUCACUCUAGCACUUUUAACGUUUGGUUCCCUGCUAUCCGCAUUGUCCAAUCAUUACACUCUUCUAUUAUGUGCUCGCAUAAUAUGUGGGUAUACAGGGACUGCUUCAGCCAUUGCACAAUGUAUUUACAUGUCAGAAGUAUCAGAAUCUAAUAAACGUGGUUACAACAUUACGUUACAUCAAUUUGGCACUGCGGCUGGUUUGUUACUUUCCGUAAUAGCAGGUGCAAAUAAGAGCACCAAUUAUCAAUGGAGAAUCGCGAUGGGCGUAACAGCUGUACCUGCAUUGGUGACGUGUGCUAUCAUCAUCAUCUUCUUGCAUAGAUCUCCACCGUUUUUAUUGCUACAACGUAAUCAACAUGUAGCGAGAAAAACGGUAAAAAAUCCGUGGAACAAUGUUUUGGAGAUGUUUUUCAUUAUGGCAGUUAUGUUGAUUCUCCAACAAGGAACUGGUAGACGCCAGGUCUUGUUUUAUGCGCCUAGACUAUUUGCAUUGCUGGGAAUUUGCUCCAAUGUAGCACAGACAACUGCACUGGUAGCUCUUGGGAUCGUGAAAGUAUUUAGUACCAUACUUUCAUUGGUCGUUGUGGAAAGAUGCGGUCGUCGGACUGCUCUAAUAACAUCUGCGACUAUCUGCAUGACGGCUGUAUCGCUGUUGUCAUUGCUUGCAACAUUUGAUAGAGGCGACGAUACUUUAGACAGUAUGAACUCCAACUGUAUCAACACAAUCAAUGUUAACAUGGGUAACGACAAUUUGAGGACUGGAAAUGGUAUUCCUAUGGGAUCGCCACCACCAUUCCCUCUUUUGCCAACACCAUUAGCUAUGAUUGCCCCCAGUCCAGAAACUUGGACCCAAGUGAAAGCGUCUUGUGAGACUCAAAAUAUAGUUACAUCUGAAGGGCUGAAUGGUGGAUUACGUAUAUUGGCAGUCAUAACUCUCUUGGUUUAUGAGGCAGCUUAUGCGCUGGGGCUUGGUCCAGUACCAUUCUUGACACUUAGUGAAGUCUUCCCAGCAACGGUACGAGGGAAGUGUGUUAGCUUUUCAAUAGUCAUUCUAUGGAUUGCGAAUAUUGUUGCUACAGAAUUGGUUACAAAAAUGAUAAAAUCGAUGACUUUGGCAGGUUCUUAUUUAUUGUACAGUUUUAUGUGUCUCGUCACCAUAUUCUACGUUUUCUUGUUAAUACCGGAGACAAAAGGAAAGUCAUUGCAUCAGAUUGCGCAAGAGUUACGUAAAAUGUCUCUCUCAACUCGUGUUUGCAAUAAUCUACGUAGUCUACCUAUUGUCUGUCAUAUCGAUUGGAUAAAAAAGUACAGUGAGAAAACUGUUAAUGGACAAAGUACACUUAUUUGAGAGUAACUAAGGCUGGUUCAUCAUGACGUAGAGUUGAAGCUGUUGCAACAGAUAUUACUAAUGAAAUGGACGCAUUGAAUGUAAUUAAUGAUGACAUCAGUUUCAAUUGAUACACGCAUAAUCUUUCAACAUUAAACAAAUGAAAGUCGAAUACAUUUUUCAAAUACUAGUUGAUAAAAUAUUCUUAUCACAAAGAUUUACCAGUGCAAUAUACUCUGGUUUCUUCUGUUGAAGUGUAUUUCAUAAAAAUAUUAUUUCAUUCAAUCAUUAUCAUAGCGGUCUAAUGUGGCGUAUGCAUUUAAUGACAACGAAUUGCUGAUAAUUUGCUGCAGAACGAUUACGUGUAGAGAUUCAUAUUUUUUCCCCUCUGAAAAUUUAAAUUCAAACUAAGAUAUGAUGAGAUGUGCAAAUAAAUAAAAAUAAUCGAAGUCAAGGAUAAAAUAUCAGACGCUAGCUAGAGGUCCGCAAUCGAAACAAAUAUUUAUUCAUUGAUUUAUGUUCACAAAGCUAAUUAUUUAUUUUUGUUUUUUCGUCAUAAUCAGCUAUACCGUUUAACAACGAAGUACUCAUAAGAAUUAUACAGUUUUUAUUUCUUUCUACUCGAAAGUCGUGCACACAUUACUUCCAUCGAAAGUAUUUUGUAGAUAUUUGUAUUAUCAACGUUACUUCACUUUAUGUGUAAUGAAAUAAGUAUAGAUCCCAGCGAAUUAACGUAAUAUUUGUAUAGUGAGUAAUACAGUAGGUGAAAUAUUGUGGGACUGUGAUUAACGUUAAGAUAUUAUACAUAAAAUUGACUAGUUGCAGUGAUAAAGUUUAUUCCUUCAAAAUAAACCCAUCACGAAUGUAUUUGUUAACCGACUGGACUCAGUUUUUCGCACUUU